UUUACAAGAAAGUGGCAACGUCGAAUAGAUAAUGGAGAGAAAGCAUCAUAUGCUAGACAAGAAACUUCGGUGUGAACUGUGAGUGAAGUGUUAUUUGGCUCUUCAAUUUUUGCUCAGGUUUAAUUUUUGCUGGAUUCUCUUUUAUAGGAAUACGACGACAUUUGUGCAGACCCUUCCAGUCCAUUCAUCAGUUGUUUUGGUGUUGUUCUUUUGUGUCUCUGUUUUGACUUUCAACCUCGCUGGACGACACAUGACACACUCCGGACAACAUGGACGAUAGUGGCAAACGACUUGGAACACGGGUAUUCAAGAAGAGCUCCCCGAACGGAAAGAUCACAGUGUACUUGGGAAAAAGAGAUUUCGUCGACCAUAUCAGUCACGUGGAACCUAUAGAUGGAGUGGUUUUGGUGGAUUCAGAUUACAUUAAAGAUCGGAAAGUUUUCGGCCACGUCUUAGCCGCUUUCCGCUAUGGACGAGAAGAUCUGGACGUCCUCGGACUUACAUUCCGCAAAGACUUGUACCUGGCUUCAUCACAAAUAUUUCCGCACGAACCGACCAAUAAGCGCCCACCAACCAGAUUGCAGGAGAGAUUGCUCAAGAAACUCGGGCCCAAUGCCUAUCCUUUUUUCUUUGAAUUGCCGCCUCAUUGCCCUGCAUCUGUCACCUUGCAACCAGCACCUGGCGAUAUGGGCAAACCAUGCGGAGUCGAUUACGAGCUCAAGUGUUUCGUCGGUGAAACACACGAAGACAAACCACACAAGAGGAACUCUGUUCGCUUGGCCAUCCGAAAGAUCAUGUAUGCUCCAAGCAAACAGGGAGAACAACCAUCGGUGGAAGUCAGCAAAGAGUUCAUGAUGAGUCCAAACAAGUUGCAUCUGGAAGCGUCUCUUGAUAAGGAACUCUAUUACCAUGGUGAGACGGUCGCUGUCAACGUUCACAUACAAAACAAUUCAAACAAAAGUGUCAAAAAAGUUAAAGUUUCUGUUCGCCAGUUUGCAGAUAUAUGCCUUUUCUCUACGGCGCAGUACAAAUGCAUGGUUGCCGAACUGGAGAGCGACAGGGAGAGUUGCCCGGUGGGACCCGGAUUCACUUUGUCUAAAAUCUACUACCUAACGCCCCUAUUAGCCAACAACAAAGACAAACGGGGACUUGCGCUGGACGGACAGUUGAAACACGAGGACACCAAUCUGGCAUCUUCUACUAUAUUGACAGAACCAGUACAAAAAGAAAAUCUGGGAAUUAUCGUGCAGUACAAAGUGAAAGUUAAACUAUGCCUCGGAGCUUUGGGCGGGGAUUUGGUUGCAGAGCUACCGUUUAUUUUAAUGCACUCGAAACCACCAGAAGAUAGUCCCCCGCCGAGUCGUCCUCCAACAGCCGUGGCGAGUCCCAAAAAACAUCCAAACGACUGUGUACCGGUGGAUACUAAUCUGAUCCAACUUGACGCUGAAGUGACGACUAAUAUGGAACAGGACGACGACAUUGUUUUCGAAGAUUUUGCCCGGCUGAGACUGAAAGGUGAAACGGAAGCAUGAGAAAAUUAACUCUUGUUUUAAAGAUACUUGACAGAAAAGGGGCAUGCUGAUAUUUUACGUAAAAAAAAAACAAACAAAAAAGAUGGAGGUUAAAACGUGACUUUUCGUUCAUCUCCAAGAUAUUUUUCUCCCUAUUUUUCAUCUUUCUAUACCUGAUUGUAUUCUUUGGGGGAAAGGGUUGGAUCGUCACCCCUGUUGGUUGACUUAAAGAUUCCUAUUGUAGAAAAUAAUCCGCUUUUGAAUCAAGCUUCUGAUUCAUUUUUGAAUUCAUUCCCGCUUUUUCAAAUAUCACAUCCGACUUUUCGUAGUGAGGUAGAUUAUAAGUAGAUAAUAUAACAUGUGCCCCAACAGUAACAAAACGACAGCGCUAUCGGCAAAUGUCAGAAUAUUAAAUGGAAUUUCUUUUUAGGUUGCAAAUCGCACUCUCUUUCACUUCUGGACUUAACAAUUUAUUUUCAAUUUUGCGCUCCCCUUUGAUAUUUUUUUCAGUUUUAAAUGAUUUUCACUAGCAGCAGGGUAUGCCUUAGAUUUUACAGAUUAUCCGAGUCAUUUGACGUUCGGGGACUGUGGACUCAUGCCAACCAACACACUUGUGGUGGUCCAAAAACCAGAUCGCUUGCUUUUCCGUUUAUUGAACUCCGCUAUUAAUUGAAUCGCGAUUAUUUAUCCAUUAACAAAGUUAAAACAUUUUCCGUCUUAUGGCGAAAUAAGACCACCUCACGCCACAGAUACUUGGUAAUAAAACGCUUUAAAGAAAAGAACUGUCCGUAAAGUUUUGAUACUGGCUUCCGCAAGCAUUUUUUUUAUAUUGGUAUCGCUGAUAUUUCGUGUGUACCGUACAGAGUUUUUGAUUUACUAGGCGGAAAAAGAUUACUAACCAGAGGAGCGUAUAUAUAAAACACAGUCGUAUACUCGAAUCAAAGCUCUUCAGUCUUGCUCUCUUUAUCGUAUCGUUUCGAGAGGUUUGACUAAACAUCCAAGACUUUCCUUCUUUUUUAUUUUGUUGUUUGUUUCUGUCAACCCUUUUUGUAGCCAUCUAAUUAUCCAAUUUGUUUAAAACUGAUUGACUGCCGAAAUUUUCUCGUGCCUUCCCACAAAAUAGCACCCGAAUCAACCAAACCGAACACUUGACUAGCUGUAUCGAUGUUUCUGCCCCUCAAUUUUUCUUUUCGUAUUUGUACUUUUUAUCACAAUGACUUAUGUAUGUAAAAAUAAAAAUUGUCUGGUGAAUAAAAUUCACCUUAUUUA